AUAAUAUGUAAAGAAAACUGCAAAGAACCAUUGGUGCACUCCGCCGUCCUCAGCUCGUGUUUCGUCGAGGGUCAUCAAAAGUGAGCGUCGUGCCUCUUUUAUUUCGAAUCCCCGCGCCCCCAAAUGUCCUCAACAUCGGCGCGGCCGCAGCGUGCCAUUCUCGUGACCGGCGCGAACAAGGGAAUCGGGUAUGCAAUUUGCGACAAGACGCUCGCCGACGCCGCGGACACCUUCGUCCUCCUUGGUUCGCGGAGCGCCGAGCGCGGCGAGGCCGCCGUGAAGCGGUUGCAGGAAAAGCACUCGCCGUCCCGGGUGCAGCUCCUGCUUCUGGACGUGCAGAGCAACAAAAGCGUGGCGCAGGCGAAGGACCAGGUCGCGGCGCUUCUGAAAACGCGGCAGGACCUCACACUUUGGGCCGUGGUGAACAACGCGGGCGGCACGGGUACCGGCCAGGGCCUGGGUUUUUCGGACGCGGACAGCUUUCGCCUCUGCCAGGACUUGAACUUCACCGGCUGCGUGCGCGUCACCGAAGCCUUUCUUCCGCUCCUGGAGAAGUUCGGCGGGUCGUCCCAAGCACUACCUAGAAUUGUGAACAUCAACUCCGGGGCCGGGCCGGGCUUCGUAAAAAACUGCAGCGCGGCGUACCAGCAGCUCCUGACCGACGCAGAUAAGACGUUACACGACUUGAAUACCCUCGUGGACACGGGGGAGCAACUGCUGCGCCAGGACAACCCGCUGGAAGCCCUGAAGGCGGCGGGACUCGGCGCGGGCAGCUGGGGGAUGACGCAAACGAUGUACUACUACGGCUUCUCAAAAGCGUUGAUGAACGCGUGGACCCGGCAGCUGGCGAAACGCACGAAGGGGCGCGUGCUGGUGAACUCCUGCUCCCCGGGCCUGGUGCACACCGACCUGACGCAGCCGUUUUGCGAAAUUCGCCAGAUGAACCCAGAGCAGAUGAACAUGCUGACGCCGGCGCAGGGCGCCAGGACGCCGUGCCGCCUGCUGCUGGACCCCGCGGUGGACUUUACCGGCCGCUUCUACGGGUCCGACGGCCUGCGGUCGCCCUUCCACACCAGCCGCGACCCGGACAAAGAUCCCGAAUACCAGGCUCCACCCGAAGAGGAGCUCUGAGAAGCUGCGCCGGGCGAGGACUACAGAUGGAUUCGGGAAGCGUUGUCCUGGUUUCCGACCGACUUUCUUAGCAUCGGUGAAGGAAAAAUGCACGGAUCCGUCGCGACGAGUAAAGACUCUGCAAUGUUAUGAAGUAGUUGCUGCACCAGUGUGCUCGCUUUCAAAAAGUAAACUGUAAAAAUCAGAGCGAAGCUGAACAAUGCCUGACUUUAAGGUUGUAGUGUGUGUGUGUCAUCUCUUAC